CGAUGCUCCUUUCUAGUGACAGUUUCACCCUCAAAUACAUAACAAAUUCCUAGCGUCUCUAUAUAGUACUUUAUAUAUUUUGUAAUUAUUAGAAAAAAUUAUCAUUGGCUUUAAUGGCAGAACGCUAUGAUCGCGCCGUUACCAUUUACUCACCGGAUGGCCACCUGCUGCAGGUGGAAUACGCACAGGAGGCCGUUCGAAAAGGAUCCACUGUGGUGGGAUUGCGCACCAAAAACGCCAUCGUAUUGGGCCUGGAGAAGAAGUCCACGAGCGAUCUGCAAGAGGAGCGAUUCAACCGCAAGAUUUACAUGAUUGACGACCAUGUGGUGAUGACCUUUGCGGGUCUCACGGCUGAUGCCCGUAUCCUGGCCCACAUGGUUCAGAAGGAAGCCCAGAGCCAUGCCAUGAAUUUUGAGAGGCCCGUUUCCAUAGAGUAUAUUGCACGCUAUAUAGCCAAAGUGAAGCAGACAUACACGCAGAGCAAUGGACGACGUCCUUUCGGGUUGUCCUGCCUGGUUGGUGGCUUUGACGAAAACGGCACAUCGCACCUGUUCCAAACGGAGCCGUCGGGCAUCUUUUACGAGUGGACGGCAAACAGCACCGGACGGUCCGCCCACUCGGUUAGGGAGUAUUUGGAGAAGCACGUCGACGACAUUCCGGCCACCGCCGAUGAGCCUACGGCGAUCAAGUACAUGGUCCGCACCCUGAUGACGGUCUCCAAUCUGAACCAGAACCAAAUGGAUGUGGCGGUGCUGAAAUUCAAGGAGCCACUGCGAAUGAUUGAUCGCAGUGUCCUGACCGAUCUGGUGAAGGUUAUUCGAAAGGAACUGGACGAGGAGGCCAAACAGCGCGCACGUAUUAGUAUUUCCUAAUUCCGGAGAUGGCCAGCGGCCAGAUUCUGUUUAUUUUGUUAUUUUGAAUCAAGAGUUGAUAACCAA